AUGGCUGAUGGGUUUGGUAGUAUCACUUGGUGGGGAUUUUCCCCUGCUUUAGAUUUACAAGAAAAUGGAAUUGAUGAAAUGUUGAAAAAAUUGAAAAUAAAACAUGAUUCAGGUGAAGAAGAGUUGAAUAUUUUAUUGGUUGGGGCUGGAGAUAUUAGACAUAUUUUAACAACUAUAGCCAGAUCCUGGAGACAUUCCCCUCAUAAACUCCAUUUUUAUGUGUUGGAAACAUCAUUAGAACUGUAUGCUAGAGAUAUGUUAUUAUUAAACAUUGCCCUGGAACCUCAGAAUAGAAUGGGUUUACAAGAGAAAACUGAGCUAUUUUUAGAAGUUUAUAGUAAUACGUUUAUAAGACAACAAACCUGUGAAAAUAUUCAGUCUCUGUCUACAGAAUUUAUCAAAAUGGUGACAGAUUUUGAUUAUUUAGAGAAAAAACUUCCAGUGUUUGAUCUGUCACAGUUAAAGUUUAAAGAAAGGGAUUUUCUGGAAGGAAUUUUUAAAUUUUGGAGAAAUCCUGAUAAAGCUGUUUUUGAUGUGGAGAAAUGUUGGGAUCUGAGAGAAAGAAAGAGACUAGGUGUAAGAUAUGAUUCCAAGAAAAAUGUAUAUGACUGGGAUUAUCAUAUGAAACUUAUUGAUACUGGGGCUGACAUUAUACAUAAAGUAGAAUACAAUAACUGGAGAGAGAGUGGUAUAGCAUUUACAAUCCGAGAUGGAACGUAUGAUAUACCGAAUAAAACUCUGGCGUCUGGUAUGGUCUUUACUCAGGAGGGAGAGAAACAUGCUCGCCGUGGUUACUGGGGUGACAUGGUUGUUGGACCCUUUCUAACUUUUGGUAUUGAAUCAGAGGAAAAAUCAUUUUUUAAGAAAAACAAUGAUCAAUAUACAAAGACAUGUGAGAAUGUAUGUGAAUAUAACGUGAUGUCUCUACUGUAUGAAUUAAUAAACAAAGAUAGGUAUAUCUUACCUAAACCAGAAACUCAACCUGAGUCAGCCAAGCUUACAGAAAUAACAGAAGAGGAAGAAGAAGCAGAAGAGGAAGUGACAUCAUCAGUAACUAAUGGCAACCAGGAGGCAGAUAAUCAACAUAAAGAAAUGAUACCAGUUGACAAUGUAAAAAUCACCUUCCUUCCUAUUAACUCAAUUGAUGAUGUCAAGAAGAAAUCCAAAUAUCAAAAAUUAUUUCAUAUGUUAUACUUCUCUAAUAGUAUGGUGCACCAUCUGAAACCUGAUAUUACUUCUGUUCUAAAAGAUGAUGCCAGUUUAAUCUUAGAAUCAGCUAAGUUUAUGAUAGAAUUAAAACCUGAACAAAUUGAAGAAUAUGGUUCCAAGAUAACAGAAAUGGCUGAAACAGCUGGGUUUAAGGUGAAGAAACCAUUCGAUGGAAAAAAAGAAAACUUUUUAUCAGCUGUUUAUCACAGAACGUGACAUAAAAAUUGUGAAGUGAAUUCAGCACCUUGGGACAGGGUGAAGUAGGGGGAUCCUGAUUCUAAGACGACAUUAUGACCAGCCUUCCCAGCUAGCAAUACAAUACAAAUUACUAUCUGGUUUGAUUUUUUAUCAUUGUAUCGUCCGCAUCUUAGACAUUUGAUUUACAAUAUUCCAUUCUAUUCCCAUUUUUCAUGCAUGAUCCUUUAAAUAGUGUUUUAGUAAAUAAUAUAUUUUUUAACGAUCAAAAUGAAAUGAAAGUAAUGGAGUUUUACGUCCUACUAUCCUGAUUAACCAAUCAAAGAGCAUUAUUCAUUCUGCCCAUUGUUUAUUCCAUCUGAAUUAUUUAUACAUGUAUUUAUUAAAUAUUUUUAU